AUGUCCAAGUAUCCCGCCCUUGCAGAGCCCGUCACUCUCGGCGCUCUCCAGCUCCCCCAUAGGGUCAUCAUGUCCUCCCUUACCCGCAACCGCUCCCUCCCCACCACCGUCCCCAACGACGACAACGUCAAGUACUACGCCCAGCGGGCCAACCCCGAAACAGGCGCAUCCCUCAUCCUCUCUGAAGGCACCCUCAUCUCCCACCAAGGCACUGAGUGGCCCUAUGCCCCCGGGAUCUGGGAUGAGACCCAUGCAGCUGGGUGGAAGAAGGUGACGGAUGCAGUGCAUGCCCAAGGCGGGCAGAUUGUCGCGCAGAUUUGGCAUACGGGAAGAACGUGUCAUCCGGAUAUGCCCGAGCAGAGUGUUGGUGGAGAGCCCGUAUGGGCGCCCAGUGCCAUCGGUGCUAGGGGCGGAAAGUUCCGUCUCCUCCCCGGACAACCCGGCUACAUCUCCAACCCAACCCCGAUCCCCGACCCAACCGUCAUCCUCGACCAGUACACCAACGCCGCCAAGAUGGCCAAGUUGGCCAACUUUGACGGCGUCGAGCUCCACUCGGGUAACGGAUACUUGUGCGAACAGUUCCUCAGUGAUGUUUCUAACGUCAGGACCGACAAGUGGGGAGGCAGUGUCGAGAAUAGGGCGAGGUUUGGGCUGGAGGCUACCAAGAGGUUGAUUGAUGUCUGGGGUGCCGACCGCGUCGGGAUCAAGAUAUCCCCUUUGGGAGGGUACAAUGACACCUACAAUACCACCCCCGAAUCCCGUAUCGAGACCUUCAGAUACUACGUCUCCGCCCUCGACGACCUGUCCCUCGCCUACAUCCAGAUCAUGGCCUCCACGUUCGGGGACCCUUGCCACGGCGGUGUGCCCCAGGGAUUCGACCACGACAUUUUCGAGCAUUAUGGACCUUUGAUCAAGAAGAGCAAUCUGAUUGCGAAUGCAGAGUUUGAUGCGGCCAAGGGGGAAGAGGCCGUCAAGAGCGGCAAGGCGAAAGCUAUCGUCUUUGGCAGGCCGUUUGUCGCCAACCCGGAUUUCUAUAGCAGGGCCCAGAAUGGGAUUGCGCUCGCUGAACCCGAUGUCAGAGUAUGA